CAUAGUGACUGUGACCGACAACCGGGACCGUCAGUGCCGUAUCGCGUUUGUUUAUCGCUCGUGUGUGUGUUUAUUACUAUUAUUAAUAUUAAUAUUAUUAUUGUCGUCAGUCAAUGUAAUACGUUGAAUUUAAUUAAUUUCUACGAUACUCUAAGGGUAUAACGUAGUGCCAUCGGGUGAGGUUCAUUUUAAACCACACAAUGUGUGUUUAACAAUAUAGUUGUUAAUCAAAUAUAAACUAGUCGUAGAAAUAAAACAAAAUCAAGUAUGAAAAUCUCAGUCGUUGGUAUAGCUAUAUUAUGCCUGUUUUUAACGUCGGAUUUAGCGUUUGCUGAGAGUGAAGUGAGACCCACUGCCAGAGACGAUCUUAGUAAGUAUAAUAAUGUUACCGAGUUAUUAUGGCUUCAAAUAUUGUGUUAUUUUUAAAAAUCCUAUACGAAAAUAAACACUAGCGUUGUAAAUAUGAUACUCCCUCUGUCGAAAAUGUAUACCUAUGUAUUUUAGAACAUAGGUUCCAAGUUUAUUUUUUCUCUGUUUAUUAUAUAAUUAUAGUUAUCUACCCGAAUAUCUAUGUAAUUUUAAGUGUCUAGUUUUUCUCCAGUAGACUCUGUACCAAAUAUUAUAUCUCUUUAUAGUAACUUAUUUGUUUAUCUGCUUGUUUAGUCGCUUAAUACCAGUGUAAGUAGUAUACUUUGCAUUUAUGCUAACAGCCAAGGAGUAGGCCUGUAGAUAAAUUAUAUGAAGUUAUGUUGUUUAAAUAGUUUAUACCUAUUUGAAUUAAUAAUAAUUAAACUACAGACAACAACGGUUAUUGAUGAAAACUGUGUACCAAUCCAUUAUAAAUGUUAUUUAUUUAAAUAUACUAUUAUAACUUGUAAAAUAUAUUUUUAAGUGAGUUCUCUGAGAACAAAUACAGUUUAUAUUAUUUAUAAAUGUAUUUAGAUUACAUAGGUAGUUGAGUAUAAGUACAAUCGUAUAGGUAUAAUCGAAAGAUUUUGGUAAACAGCACGCUACAAUACUAAUGAUUUCAAGAAUUUUAAUAAAAUCUGAUUGUAUAUUUUUUGAUAGGAUUAAAAAAUUGAAAACAAAUAAGCUCCAAAUACAAAUAAUUUAAUGUUGUUCUCAUCCAAUAAAAAACGUAGGUAUUGUCAUUUAGUUUCUUUUUCAUUAUUAUUUUGUAUAGGUACGUUAUGAUAUCAAACCUGAAUUAUAUAGAUUAUGUUAUGAGAAUUUAGUCCAUUUCUUCAAUAAGUUUAUGAAUUUAUAAUUAUUUUUCGAGACUAUUUUUUCUAGUUCUCGAGAACAAAGAUCACAACUGUGUAAUAGUGUAGAUUGUCCAAUUUUUCCGAUUUUUCUCAGUACCACAAACAACACCUUAGACUUUACCUUAAUAAUACCUUAUACAUUGUAUCCUACCACAAGCUUGCAUUUUAGAACAUCAUAAUCCAAAAUUCUUUUACCUACAUAUUAACUUAUUAAUGUAAUGUUUUUGACGUGAUAAUGAAUAAUUAAAUAAUAAUUAUAAUAGUACCUAUACUUCUCUAAGUAUAAUAAAUAUCUUGUUAAAUAUAUAUACUUUUGAAAAAUGCCUAUUUAUAAAUACUUGACAGUGUUUUUACAUUUAAUAUCUAGUACUUACCUACUGUAAAAACAAUUAUUCUACCACGUAAAACCCAUCUAUUAUUUUUUCUUUAAUUUAUCAAUAUAUUUUGAGAAAAUCAAAAAAUAAUUACUAGUUUUUUGAGUUGUCUAUAUCUAAGUACUAUCUGUGUUUCAAUUGAAACCUAUAGUAGGUAUUUACCUAAAUAAAUAUAAUAUUAUAAAAUGUUGGUAUACGAUUUCAAUUUUAUAAUCAUGUUAAAGUUUCUUAAGCUCUAAACAUAAGUUUUUAGACGUAUCCCCAUUGAGCAUGUCCUCCCAUAGCACACAUAGUUACAGUUGUUGAUUUGGUUGACAAGGAGAUAUAUAUUAUUUGUAAUAUUAUUAUUACUAAUUUAAAUAUGAGUAUUAGAUAUACAUUCAUACUAGUCAAUAUUAAAAAUAUAAGUAGUAGGUACUUAAAGAAUUUAAAAAUAUCCUGUCUACUAUUUACAAAUUAAGAUUUUCGAAAUUAUUUAUGGAACUCUAGUUUAUUGUUUAAAAUAAGUUUAGAAAUCAGAAACUUAGCUCAUUCAUAGAGUGAGCUUUACUAACUUAUUUUCUAUUAGUUUAAUUAUGACAAUAUUUUUUAAAAUUUAUUUUAUUUUAAAUUUGUACCUAUGCCUAUUAUUGAAUUAAACACAACCUCCCAUAAAAGAAAUACAAAUUAUUUUAAAUGGUACCUACCGAGUAGAAUGGUAUUAUAAUACAUUCAGCACUUAAGCCAUAAUAUUUUAGUAGGUAUCUAGGAAUAUUUUAUUGUAUUUACUUAACAAAAUACAUUGUAAUUAUAUAUAAAAAACUAAGUUCCUUAAUACAAUACAAUAUGUAUGAUAUUCCUCAAUUUAUUAUUUUUUCUAAAUAGGUACUAUUUUUAAAUAUUGAUCAAUUUCAAAAAGUUUUAAUACCUAGGUAUUAAAUAUUUGGCUUUUAACAUUGUACCUAAAUAUCAUUUUAAAACAAAAUAUGUUUAUCAAUAUUUUAUAAAGAUAUCUAUUUAUAACUAAAUAUAUGUAUACAUAAUAUAAACACAUGUAUAAUAUAUGUAAUCAUGGAAUUAAUGUGUAUGUAAUUCUUAGAACUAAUAUAUUUAUAUUGAUAAUUUAUAGUUCUAAAUGUACAACCAAAUAUUAUAUUAUCUGACAUUAUAAUUUAAUUAAAACAUUUCUAUAUAAUCUUUUAUAAGUAUUUAUUUGUUAUCUUUAUAAAAUGAACUAUUUAUUUAUGCUUCCUGUUAGUGUUUUAUCAUUCAUUUUUUUUGCGGGUCAGUCGGAAAUGUCAUUCAAUUCUUCUUUAUACAUGUUAACAUGGAUAUUUUGUUAAUUUCACUUAUGUGUUUAUGAAAUUUUUAUCUAACCAUUUUAUAUUUUGUUUAAAUUAUAUAACUAAUAAAAUAAUUAUCAGUUAAAGUAAAAUAAACAUAUUUAUCAUCUUACUGCUUAAUUUUUAUUUUAAAUCAUAACACAAUAUACUUUUAUAGUUAUCUAUAAAAGUAUAUUUUUAUAAUAAACAUCAUAGAAUAUACACUAUUUGAUACUCUGUGAGUGUUAGAUUUCUAGUUUUUUAUGCGCUUUGUUCUAUAUUAUAGUCAAUCUGGAAUCUGGGUCUGGAUAUAUUGAAGUAUUUUUUUUUUAAAAAAAAGCAUAAAUUCAAUAAUAAUGUUUAUAUAUUUAUAAAUAUUUUAAGAUCAAAAAUAAUAUAGGAUGAACUCAAACGAAGUGUUAAAUGUACUUUCAAAUAUACCUACUCAAGUAUAUGUAUCAAAAAAUAAAAUAUAUAGGUAGGUAUUCUGUCAUAGACACCUUGAUGAAGUGUAUAAAAAGUAAUUCUUUGUAUAGAGAUAUCCAAAUAAUAUUUAAUAAUAUUAUAAAUAUAUUAUUAUUAUUAUUAUUAUAUUGUUAGUUUUUGAAAAAAAUUUGUUUGACAAAUAUAAUAGACAUAUUGUAUUGCCAUUCAAUUUAUAUCUAUCCUGCAAGUUUUUUCUCUCUAUUUCAUUAGGAAGUACCUCAAUUUUAAAAUACAAUAUUUUAUUCCUCCAAACAAAACAAACAAAAACUUACAAGCAAAAUAGUAUAUAAUAUGUAUGCCAGCUUAUAUGUUUACAUAAUGGCUCUGAUGCGACUUAGUUAUACUUAAUGGUUCUAAGACUUAACGAUUCAUCUUUUUCUUCUCGAGUUAUGUUUUUUGGUGAUGAUUGUGAAAAGAUUUGAAUUUUUUGGGGAAUACUAUUUUUAUAGAAAUUACGGCAAAAAACAAAAUUUUUGGAAAAACUGGGGUUUUUAAUGUUAAAUACUAAGGCUGGGAUUUAUUCAUAAUAUAAAACCAAAAUAUGUACACACACACAUAUAUAUAUAUAAUUAAAAUGGCCAAAAUAUGUAAUAAAAAUAAAAUAUUGGUAGUGAAAUAAUAUAAUUAAUAAUUAUUGAUAUAAUAUGAUUGAAUUAAAUUAACUUUUUUUAAAUGUUCACAAAAUACAAUAAUUUAUUGUUUUUAAUUUUUAAUCAUUUCAAAGUAAAACAAUGGUAGACCAGACUUUGACGAUUUAGUUUUAACACUGACUUAUAUCCAUUAAAUGAACAUUCCACAUCACAAAAUGUUAUCGGUUCAUAUGGUAUGAAGUAUGCAAGUACUGUCUUUGUUGUAAACAAGGGCAGAUCCAGAAGGAUGACGAUAUGAACAAUAAAUGUGAUAUAUCUAAUAUACACAUUAUACUUAAAAUUUUGACAACUACCUAUAUAAUUGCUGUAUAACAUAUUAAUAUAUUAUAAUACUACUAAACCACCAAUUUUGAUGAAGUAAAUUGACAAAUUAUUUUAUUUUUUUAGUAUUAUUAAUGCAAUUUACAAAUAAUGUGAAAAUAUGUAUUUGACGAAAUAUAUAAAAAUAUGUCUUAUUUUAUUGCAAAACAAAUUUAUCAUUUAUCAUAAUUAAUUGAUCACGUUUUAAUAAAAAUAUGUAUUUACAUAUAAAUCUCAGCUCUACUGAAUACAAUUAGGAUUUAUCAGAAACUAUUAUUUUAGAAGCUAUUAUUGUCAUUAUUAUAUAUAAGUAAAUAAUAUGUAAAACAAACAAUUCUGGAUGUAGAAGAUAGCUUGUUUACUUACUUGAGUGCCGUUGCACCAACUUUAAAGUUUUAUAACUUUGAAAGUACCUAAGUGUCCUACAAUUUCUUAUUGUACCAUUGUAUUCAGCUUGUACACAACUUUUCGAAAAAAAUAGGGAUGUUAACUACCAAAAAUCUACCAAACAUUUUGGUGAAUCUCGAACAAGAACUUAAGCCUGAGCUUGGUGAAAUUAUACUAAAUAUACCACAAUAUUAGUGGGUAGUAGGUAUCAAUAGAAAUUACUGUAUUUAUACUUUUAUCAGUAAUAAACAUUUAUUUUUAAUAAAUUAUUAUACUAAAUUAUAUUAUACCUAUAGCUUAAGUAAUUUAAUGAAAUUUGUGAACAUUUAUAAUUUGAAAUUAUAGAUAUUAGAUUAUAUUUCAAACCUAAUUUUCUAGAGAUAAAUAUUCAAUUAUAAAAAUUAAUAAUUAUUAUAAUAUUUAUUUUCAGAAUUGCUUGUACUCACAGUUGCUUCUGAUAAAACGGAUGGUUAUAAAAGAUUUAUUGACUCGGCCAACUUGAAUGGACUUAAAACUAAAGUAAUUGCAUGCUAAUAAAAAUUUUAUUUGUAAGCUAUAAUAGUCCUAGUUUUUUUUAACACACAUAGAAUUUUACUUAGGUGCUUGGAUUGGACAAACCAUGGCAAGGAGGCAAUAUGAAAAGUGUUGGCGGUGGCUAUAAAUUGAAUUUGUAUCUUGAAGCAUUAGAACCUUACAAGAAACAUGUUGAUUUAGUUGUAUUACUCACUGACGCGUAAUAAAUUAUUGAUUUUAAAACAUUUUGUUUAUUGGUUUAAUAUGUAAUUAAUAUAAUUUUUUAGAUAUGAUGUGGUAUUGUUAGCCAAUAGCAGUAUAAUAUUAAAAAAAUUUACAGAAUUUGAUGCUUCAAUUGUAGUUUCAACUGAAAGAAGCUGCUGGCCAGAUAAAAAUUUGGUCGACCGUUAUCCUAUUGUUGACUUGGAUGGUUAUAGAUUUAUAAACUCUGGAGGUUUGUGGAUAAUAAUUAAUUUUAAAUCAACAAUUGACUAAAACUAAAUAUCUAUUAAAUGGUACACAUAUUAUUUUUAUUUAAAUAGGUGUGAUUGGAUAUGCAAGUCAAUUGUACAAGCUGCUAUCAGAGAAGACUAUAAAAGAUCUUGGUGAUGAUCAAUUGCAUUUAACAAAUUUGUAUUUGAAUACUGAUUUACGCGAAAAACUUAAAAUUAAAUUGGACAGCUAUGCCAGCUUAUUUCAAAGUCUAUACCUUGCUGAAGGUUAGAUUAUUUUAGUUUUUUUUUUUUAAAUUUGUUUGUUAAACUAAAAAAAAAUGUUGUAUAUUUACAGAUGAUGUGCGGUUAAGACUUGUAAAUAAAUCAUAUAUAUUAGAAAAUAUUCAUUUUAAUACUCAUCCAGCUGUAGUCCAUGGGAAUGGAUUAUCUAAAUUAACUUUAAAUAGUUACACAAAUUAUAUACCAAAUAAGUGGUCUCCUGAAAUUGGAUGUAAUACAUGCCAAGACAAUACUAUAAAUCUUUCAGCAUAUAAAGUAAUGUCUAUAAAAUUAAAUACCUUAUCAUUAUUAUGUUAACUGUUUACAAUUCUUUAAUUUUUAUAUUUUGCAGAAGGACGAUUAUCCAACAGUGUUGAUAUCUGUGUUUGUUGAUAAACCUACUCCAUUUUUUGAUGAAUUUUUAGAAAAAAUUGAAAAUAUUGACUAUCCCAAGAGUAGACUUUUUUUGUCUAUUACCACCCUUGUAAAUAUUUAAUAUUUUUAUAAAAUUUUUAUAAAUAUUUAAAAUUUAAACUUAUGUUCACUUCAAAUUUUAAAUGUAUACAUUUUUAAUUUUUAGGUAGACUACCAUAAAGACCAUGUGAAAAAAUUUAUCUCUAGAGUAGGUGAUAAGUACAAUGCAACAUUUGUGUUCCAUAAAACUACAGAUGAAAAUAUACACGCCCGUCAUUUUACUUUGUAAAUGCUUUAUAUUAUAAUAUACCUUAUUUCUAUUAUUUAUUUUGAAAAAAGUUUUGGCUAAUUUUAUUAUUAUUCUUUGUAGUUCAUUGUGUUCUAGCAAAUUGUGCGACUAUUUGUUUUACAUUGAAAGUGAAGCACAUUUAGACAAUCCUCAAACAUUGAAAACAUUAAUUGAAGACAAUAAGUAAGUAAUGAUAAGUAUACAUUUUAUGAUGAACAGUUACAUUUUAUUUAUUUGACUUAAAGGAAAAUUAUCGCCCCAAUGCUUACCCGUCCAUUUAAAGCAUGGUCUAAUUUUUGGGGUGCAUUGUCUAAAGACGGAUUCUAUGCACGAUCAUUUGAUUACAUGGACAUUGUCAAUUAUAACAAAACGUAAGUAUUAAUUAGGUAAUGAAAUUAAAUUUUAUUUGUGUUCUUCUCAUAAAUUGCUACUUCUGCAUUUACGAUUCAAAUGCUAUACUGAAAUCUGUCUUGAAACUUCUUCUGUCUAUACUGUACUUAUUGUCCGCUGAACAUUCAUAAACACCUGCAUCCAUUUGUGUUCCUGGAUCAAUUUCUAAUUUAGAUUUAAUGCUAUUUUCACCGAUAUUCCACUCAUGGACCUUAAAUAAAAAAACAAUACAAUUUUCUUCAGUUUACAGUUUAGGCAUCAAUUAAUAUGGUUUACAUUAUUUAUUAUAGAGCUAAAAUUUAUUGUCACAUAAAAUGCAAUGAUUAAAUUAUUCAUAAUGUUUUUAAAGUACACAAUUAAUUUUUUUUUGUAUUAUAUAAAAAAGGGACGGACAUAUUUUGCAAGUGGGUGCAGCCACUGUUGUAGGUGGGAAGUUGGGAGAGUAGAAUAGAGACAGGAAUAUAAUGUAUAUUUGUAAGCAAUGAUAAACUAUUGCUAACGAAAAAAAAAAGAUUCUGAGCGGAGUUCAAUUAAUAUUGUUGCUUUGUUAACAAUAUUCAUGUCAUUGUCAUUGUUGUUGUAAAAUAAUUAUAAUAAUGUGCAAUUCCAUGAGAAGAAUAAUUAUUUAAAACAGAUUAUUUUAAUAAAAACUAAAUAAUAACAAAAAAUAAAUAAAAAUGGUUGCUAAUGAUAAAAUCAUUUUUAUCUUUCAAUCUAUUUUAACCUAAAGAACCAGGAUUUCCUCAUUAUCUCGAAUAUUAAAGAGAAUUUCAAAAAAUGACCUCUUUAAAGUUCCAUCCAGAGAACAUUUUCUUUUAGAAAAGGUGCUAUAUUUAAUAAUCUGAUUAAGCUUUCUGGAAUAAAAAUGUUCACCUAAAAAAAAAAAUAAUAAACAUCUCUGUAUAACCAAUACAUUCCUCGCUCCCCAGAAUCUAAAAUACAUUUUAAUUUAAUUUCAUAUCAAUAUUAGAACUAAUAAUACUGGAGUCUAUCUAGUAAUUAUACAAAAUAUUAUACUUACAUGGUGAUUGUAAUGGUAGUAUAAUUCAGUGCCGUCUUUAAACCAAGUGAUUUGAGGUCUUGGAUUUCCCCUGGCUACACAAACAAAUACUAUUUUAUGUCCAAGUACAUAUUCAUAAUCAAAAUGUGAUGCCAUGAGUAUUUUAGCUCCCUGAAAUAAAGUAUAUGUUUAUUAAUUAUGAAAAUAACUAUAUGAGGAAAAAACGUCUUUACAUCAUUAUGGUUGUAGUAUUGGUCAGAUUCGGGGUCUCUGUAUUUGCCUGUUAUUGGCAAUCCAAUUUGCACUCUACUUUUUGAUCUAUUUCUACCCCGUCCACGUUUUCCAUAUACAUCUGUAAUAAUGGUGAACAGUAUUGUUAUGAUAAGUGCCUCUACUAAUAUAUUCUUUAAAUCCAUUUUACAUUCAAUCUGAAAUCAUAUUGGAAAUUAAUAAUAUUUUGGCAUAAAAUAGCUAUUAGUUAAAAAAAAAAAUAAUUUUAAUAAAAUUAAUUUUUUUUUCAAAAUGAAACUUAUCUUUAUUUAUAAAAGUUGUUUAAUAAACUGAUUUCAAAAAAGAUUGAAUUGUUUUAUUACUUUUAUUGAACUGCUAUUGACUUUAGUAUGUACUCGAAUUGAAUGAGUCUCCUCUUGUAUUUGGCACGACACUAUAUUGUUGACUACAAUGAAAACUAACUAUGUGUUAUAUUAUGUAUUAUAUUUGAUGCAAUUCUGACCCUAUCCUGGCUGAUAAUCAAUUAGAGAGCACUUCCUUGUAUGCUAAUUCUAUUAAAUUCCCCUGCUGCAUUUUGUAAUAACAAUUUUGUUUAGAAAAAAAAACAAAAACUUUCAUAGUUAUUUUUAUUUGACUCGUUUUUAUUUUAUUAAUAUUUUAGAGGAAUUUGGAAUGUACCAUACAUUUGUAGUGUUUACUUGAUGAAAGGUACAAUUUUAGAAAAUAAAUAUACCAGACCAUCAUAUAAAGAAGAUAAUCUAGAUUAUGAUAUGGCGUUUAGUAAAUCAUUAAGAGAAAAGGUAUAUUGUGUAUUUUACUUUUAAGUUUUCAAUUUAAUACAAAAACAAUAUUGUUUUUAGGGAGUAUUUAUGUAUAUUGAUAACCAAUAUACUUUUGGUCAUUUGAUUGAUUCGGAAACUUUUGACAUUACACUUAAGAACCCUGAGGUAUUUCAACUAUUUGAUAAUAGAUACGACUGGGAACAGCGAUAUAUUCAUCCAGAUUACAUGGAGAAUUUUAAUCCCGAUAAUAAACCCGCUGAGGUAUUUAUUUUUAUAUUUAACUGAAUAUUUGAUUAAACCAUAAAUUUAUUUAUUUAUAUAAAUUCAAGCCUUGUCCAGAUGUAUUUUGGUUUCCAAUUGUUACUGAACAGUUUUGUCGAGAAUUUAUUGAGAUCAUGGAAAACUUUGGUAAAUGGUCUGAUGGUUCAAACAAUGUAAGUAAAUUAAUAAAUAAUAUUUUUAAAUGAUAAAAUCUGAAAGGAUAAUGACAUAAAUUGAAGGACACGCGCCUUCGAACUGGUUAUGAAGCUGUUCCCACCAGAGACAUACACAUGAAUCAAGUUGGACUUGAGAAGCAUUGGCUUGAAUUUCUCCGUUCAUAUGUUCAGCCAAUACAAAAGACUGUGUUUGUUGGUUAUAAUCAUGACGUAUGUGGGAAUGAAAAUCAAACAAAACGAAAACAAUAUAAUAGCAUGUGUGUGUUCUCUGCUUGGCAUUAAUUAAUUAUAUUAUCUAUUAAUAUUUACUUAUAUUGUGUGUAAAUAAAUUAAGGUGACCAUAUUCUUAUGUACCUUUUUUGAAAUAUUAUUUUUGAUUUUUUAAGAGCUUGUAUCUGUUUCUUCAUACAUUUUUAUUAGAUAUCUUUAUUUAGUCUUAUUUCACUUAGGAUUUUAUUUGAAUCUUAUAACAGUCAACUCAUUCUGUUUAUUUCUAUUUAAAAUAAAUAAUGAAUAAAGUACUAUAACAUUUUUUUUUUUUAAAUUUGCAUUUUAUUUUUGGAACUAAUAAACAAAUGAGAGUACUAAAAACCUUUUUAUAUGAUAUAUAGCAAUUAUUAAAUAUUAGUUCUAUUUUGUUUAAAUAUAGUCACCUUAUAAGACACCUUGGUAAGAGUAAUAUAUUAACAAUAGUGCAUGAUAACGUUAAACCUUAGGAUCCCAGAUUGGAUACUGGAUACGAAGCUGUGCCCACGAGAGACAUUCAUAUGAGACAAGUUGGAUUACAGAGUGUGUGGCUUGAGUUUUUAAAGCUUUUUGUUUCCCCAUUACAGGAGCGAGUGUAUCAUGGCUAUUACUCAGAUGGCGUAAGCUGCUUUUUUUUAAAAUUAUUUAAUAUUACCAUGAAUUAAUUUGUUUGAGUGGGUUAUUUGCUUACAUUAACUAUAGAUUAAAUCUAAUAUAUCUAAUUAGUAAUUAGUAUAUUUAAUCUACGCUUUAGCUAACAAAUAUUGUAGCGUAUCAAUAUUUUGAAUUUAAGCACAAGUAUUUAAACAAUUUACUAUUGAAAUUUAAAUUGUAAAUAAUAAAUUUAAGAUGUUAAAUAAGAUUUAAAUUUUAAAGUUGUAUACAAGGUGAUCAAAAUUUUAUGUUACAGUAGUUUCUGUAGUAAUUAUGAAAAACUAAGAAAAAGCUUAGAAAAUACAACAAAUUGCACCAUAUUUUAGUUUUUUGUUAUUUAAUUGAACUUUAUUGUAAAGUUCAAUUGUAGUUUUCAAAAAAUAAGUAUAUGGCUUUUUGUAGAAAAGUGAUCAAAUUUUUAAAACAUUCUAGUUAUUUUUAAGCUAUUUAUAAAUGUUUAAUAUUUUCUUGUUUUUAUAUGUAUUUUCAUUUGGUAGAUAUAUUUUAUUAAAAUAAUAUGACUUAAGAGAAAUGCUUGAUAAUUUAAUACAAGGUACAUUAUAAGUUGCAUUAUAAGUCGUACUUAUUGAUCUAAAAAACAAAUUUGAGUUUGAUGUAUUAGUUUUUUUUUCAUAAAUGUUUUGAGAACAAAUUUUGAUGAAAACCAUAAAAAUGUAUAGCAUUUCAAAAUAUGUUUUUCGUUAGCAAUGGUUUAUCUUUGCGUACAUAUAUAAAUUAAUUAACUUUAAGGAUUCUACCUAACCAAUUUUCUACCUACAACAAUGGCACUUGUCUUCAGUAUCAGGUUUUUUUUUUUUUUUUUUAGCUUUUUUUGCUUGUGUACAAAAUAUAAUAAUAUAAUUGCAAUUGAAAAUAUUGUUUAAUAGUGUUAUUAAUAAUAGAAUAAAUUACAAUAAAUAAUAUAUUUUAAUUAAUAUGUUGUUAUAUAGCCUCCUCAAACUCUGAUGAACUUUGUUGUGAAGUACAACCCACUCGGUCAGGCUUCGUUGAGACCUCACCAUGAUUCAUCUACUUACACCAUCAACAUAGCUUUGAACUCCCCGGGAAAAGAUUAUCAUGUAUUAAUAAUAAUUUAUAUAUAUAUGAAUGGUUGUUUCUAAUUAAUUAUUGUUUUUUUUCAAAUAGGGAGGUGGAUGCCAUUUUUUGAGGUACAAGUGUAAAGUCACAGAUAUGAAGGUAGGUUGGAUGUUAAUGCACCCUGGCCGACUGACACAUUACCACGAAGGACUUGAAGUUACCAACGGAACAAGAUACAUUAUGAUAUCUUUUGUUGACCCUUAAAAUCCUUCAUUUGAACAAUUUUUGUUCUUUAUAAUAUAUAUAUCUUACUACAAUGAAUUUUGUUUAACUUGUAAAAAUAUUAUGUUUGUUGAUUUUUUUUUCUUACAAAAUAUUAAUUUUAGUUAUUAAUAUUUGUGGAAUUAUAUUAUGCUCUCUGAUAAUUUUUUUUUUUUUAAUUAUAUAUUAGAAAUACUAAUGCAGUUUAUUUAAUGUUGAUUAUAUUUUGACCAUACCUAAUAAUUAAAUCAAGUAUUCCCCUAAUUUUAAAAUCAUAAUAUAGCUAAAAAAAUUGACUGUUUACACACUUGUAAAGUGGUCGAAAAAAAAAAUUACCUAACAUCAUUAAUCUAACUGUAAUCAAAUGUAAUAAAAAAAGUUUUC